GUUCUCGAAGGAAAACAAAGUGUUUUCAGGUUACUAACUCGAAGUAGGAAAUUUGUGUCUGAAACUUGCAUAAACUCUCUCCCAAUGCGGCCACGAUUUGGCGAGAAAUCGUGGCCGAGUAGAAUGAUGUUUCCUCUAGUUUUGUUGGCUGGUUUCUGUGCAGUUUGCCAUGGGAAACCUUGGGUUAGAGCCCGCGAAGACCCCGAGAUCAACAUGAACGUGAGCCAAAUGAUCCAAUACCAUGGGUACCCUGUGGAGAACUAUGACGUCACUACAAAAGAUGGCUACAUUAUAUCGAUCCAGCGAAUACCAUUUGGGCAAAACGGCAAGUGCAAGGAUUUUCCCAAUAAACCAGUGAUAUUUGUACAGCAUGGCUUACUGUGUUCAUCUACAAACUGGGUUGCUAAUUUGCCCAAUGAGAGCCUGGCCUUUAUCCUUGCUGAUAAUUGCUUUGACGUCUGGCUUGGUAAUGUCAGGGGUAAUACCUAUGGCAUGAGACAUGUGAAUGUCUCUAUUCACUCAGAUGCAUUCUGGGAUUUUAGCUGGGAUGAAUUUUCAAAGUAUGAUCUCACAGCAAUGAUUGACAAGGCCCUAAAAGUGUCAAAUGUACCCUCUCUCUACUAUGCUGGCCAUUCCCAGGGGACAAUGAUGAUGUUUGCCGAAUCAUCCUGCAACAAAGAUCUUGCGAGUAAGAUAAAAGCACACUUCGCUCUGGGUCCUGUGACAACAAUUGGACACAUUGAGAGUCCCAUCAAAUAUUUGGCAAACUUUGUUCCAGAAGUAGAGGAUCUGUUCAAGAUAUUUGGUAUCCAUGACUUCCUGCCGAAUAAUGAGAUCAUGAGAAUACUAGCUGUUCUUUUCUGUGAGCCACUUGGGAUUCGCGAUGUCUGUUCUGAUGUCAUCUUCAUUCUAGACGGCUUUGAUCAAUCACAACUCAACAUGACAAGACUUCCAGUAUACAUAUCACAUACACCAGCUGGGACUUCAGUCAAGAAUAUGAUCCACUAUGCCCAGAUGUACAAGUCUAAGAAGUUUGAGAUGUAUGAUUAUGGAAAAGAUAAUAUGAAACGUUAUGGCCAGAACACUCCGCCUCAGUACAACAUCUCCGCUAUCACAGUGCCAACCAUGCUAUACUGGGGCGGCAACGAUUGGCUGGCAGAUCCUGAUGACGUCAGCCUACUAAUGAAGGCCCUGCCCCCAAAGACUCUGAUUGACAACAAGGAGCUGAAGGCGUGGCAGCACUUAGAUUUCAUCUGGGGUCUGGAUGCUGCCGAGCUUGUGUAUGAUGACAUAAUCACGCGGAUCAAGAAAAUGGAGGGCAUUUAUUAGAGGCAGGCCUGCUUUGAAUGUGGUUGUGUGCCGUUUUGUAACUGUCGUGACUUUUGUGUUACACUGUCGCGUGACGUUGUGUGACUGUCGUGAUUUUUUGUGACUGUUGUGUGACUGUCGUGAACGUUGUUUAACACUGCCGUUUUGUGACUUCAAUACCUUUGGUCCCAUCCAUAUGUGAUCGCAAGAAGGCAGUAGUGCAUCUUUGCACACGACACCGGAUGUUCAACAUCCGUGGUGUAACAUCGGUGGUGCAAUGACACUUGUGCAACAACACUGCUGCAAAAUUAUUAUCGUUUGACGUAAUGUUGAUUAUUUUUUAUUCAAAUUGGUGGCGCUAUUUAGUAUUACAAUUACAACCGAAAAUACGUCUAAAGAAGUGAAGCGAAGUGUUUUAACCUUUUUAUCUCAAAUGACGACUUUGUAAAAACUGUAAACUGUUUGAAGCUGUGAUGAUUUGUAUUGGAAAUGCAAAAACCGAAAAAGUGUGCAUUCUUGCACACGACACAGGAUGUUCCAACAUCAGUGGUGCAAUAACACUUGUGCAACAACACUGCUGCAAAAUUAUUAUCGUUUGAGGUAAUUUUGACUAUUUUUUAUUCAAAUUGGUGGCGCUAUUUAGUAUUACAAUUACAACCGAAAAUACGUAUAAAGAAGUGAAGCGAAGUGUUUUAACCUUUUUAUCUCAAAUGACGACUUUGUGAAAACUGUAAACUGUUUGAAGCUGUGAUAAUUUGUAUUGAAAAUGCAAAAACCGAAAAAGAAAUAAGUUUAAUAAAAAGCAAAAAUGUCA